AAGUGGGGGGACGACUCGUGAGCUCCGAAAAUGAUUCAUGUUUCCUGCUAUUGUCGGCCCUGAUGCUCAUUGGAGACCAUGGUUGACCGACUUGUUAACAGUGAGGCCAAUGCUAGGCGUAUUGUCAUGGUGGAAAACUGCUUCGGCAGCUCUGGACAGUCACUCGCUGUUCCUGGAAGGGUGUUGGUGGGAGAGGGUGUCCUGACGAAGAUGUGCAGGAAAAAACCUAAACUCAGGCAAUUUUUCCUUUUCAAUGACAUUCUUGUUUAUGGAAAUAUAGUUAUCAACAAGAAAAAGUACAACAAGCAACAUAUUAUCCCACUGGAGGAGGUGAAGUUGGAAUCCCUAGCGGAUGAUGGGCAAUAUCGCAAUGGAUGGCUCAUUAAAACGGUAACAAAAUCGUUUGCUGUUUAUGCUGCUACUGCAACAGAGAAGCAAGAAUGGAUGGCACAUAUAACAAAAUGCAUAGAGGAUCUGCUGAGAAAGAGCGGAAAAAAGCCAGUGGAGGUGCAUGCUGCUGUUUGGGUGCCUGAUAAUGAGGCUGAUCACUGUAUGCAUUGUAAAAAGACACAAUUUACAGUUAUUAACAGACGGCACCAUUGCCGACAAUGUGGUGCAGUAGUGUGCGGUCCGUGCAGCAACAAGAAGCUAUUUCUACCUGGCCAGGGUAAUGGAAAAGCCGUGAGGGUCUGUUUACAAUGUUACGACGUCGCUAGCAAAGUGAAAGCAACCUCACCCACUGGAGUAGACAAUCUCAAUAAUUCAGAGCAGCAGCGUAAUUCAGCGGACAGCUCAGGUGGCGACAGUUCAGGGGAUGAGGAGGAUGUGAACAAAGAGGAAAAGCACGAUGAGCCCAAAUUCUACUCAUUUCUGGCUCGAUGAAUCCCAACAAAUCAACAACAUUAUCAAGAGGAGAAUCAGAACAGUUUUCCACUCGAUCCAACAUAAUUAAAAUAGAGAUCAAAGAGAAUGCAUUUUUCUAAUCAAUAACAUACAACGAAAUGACAUAGGAGACAUGUACAACUUCAUUUUAUCAAUUUUCAGGCAGGAAACAAAAGGUCGAGUAAUUAGUAUUUCAUCCGCAGUAUUCGUAUGGCGAUUCUUAUCUGUAUAUUUUCCAUACGUGAAUUUCAAUGGAACUACGAUUUUUAAAAAAAUUACUCAAUUUUCAACGUAUGAUUUUUUGAAUUACAAUUUCACAGGUCUCUUUCCUGUUAUAACUAAGUGCUUUUUUAAAAGAACCAACAGCAAAUAGAGCAGGGGAACGGCUGAAAUUGGCUUGGUGCAUGAUAUUUUUUAACUGAUGAAGUAUAAAAGUUAGAGGAAAAAUAUUAUAUACGUAUUUUUUUACCCUGAAAAAAAAAAGAAAAUUAAAAAAAUUCAGCGUCAUAAAUCGGACAUUUGAAAUCGCCUGUAACCAGAUCAUUUUUCGUAAUUUUUUGAAAUAAAUAAAAUACAUAUCUAAUAUUUUUCAUUCGAGUUGCUUAUCCAACACUAAAAAUUUUUCAUGCGAAACUCCAAUUGCACAGGAGAAUUUCGAGUUUGUUUGUUUUACCGGAAAUAUUCUCUACUCUUAUGUUAACAGCCUAACUAUUAUUUUAACCACAAAAAUCCUUGAAUAUUUUAAGACUCAUGCCACUACGUGCCUUUCACCCACUUGAAAAUUUUUGUUAAUCAUUCAACAUUACUGGUGGCAGUUUAAUUACUCUUUCUCUUCUUUAAUUUAAUACGUAAGUGAUUGAUAAAUGAAACUUGACUGUUUAAUCGAUAUUUAUGGUAACAAUUAGAAUGAUAAAAUUUUGAGGCCAAUUGAACGACGUAUUCCAUCCAUGAAAAUGUCAAAUUGAAAUUGUAAAAAAUUUGGGGACAUUAGCGGGUAGGAGCAACGUAAUUGUUUCUCGAGAGUUUAGGGGUAAGAUUGAAUAAGGUUCAAAUUUUUCUUUCAUAUAUUACUAAUUUUUAUAUCAGACAUUUACAUUUGUAAAUAUCUUAUAUGAUUGUCGAUGAGAAUAUGACGUUUUACCUAUUAACUAUUAUAAAAUAAAAAUAAAAACAUAUCAACAAA